AAGAGGAAACGCGUGUUACACCCAAAAUAUUCCCACAUGUUGGUCACUUGUCUACUGAAGAAAAAAAAAUGCUUUUCGUUCUUUGAUAACUGGACGAGUAUUUUUUUUUUAAUGAUAUGCUGGGGUAUUGGUGCUAAGUUAGCAUAAAUGUCGGACACCGGAGGGGAGUGGCGGGUGGCUCGGCGACGAAAAGGUGCGUCGAGGAGCUCAAAGUCUCUUCAGGUGUCUGCAGCAUGCGGGCAGGAGCCGCUGGACGUCGGGAAAACUGUUAAACGCAUCAGAGACACCGUGUCUGAACUAAGAUGCAAAGAGUUUUGGCAAGAUUGGAAGGAGCAGCUCUUGGUGGCGGCAUCAGCAUCUCUCUCAAAAUCUCCAGCGGACAAGGACGCUGAGGACCAGCCGGAGCGGAUAACCAAGACAUGCCAGCAGCUGGAGUGUGUGUGUUAUGGUCUCGGUCCGUUUGCCUCCUGUGUCUCAGCCCGCUACCAGCUUGCCAUGUUGCUUCUUCUACUGGAAGCAGGACAGAUUCCUCUAAAGGACUGCUCUGUCUAUGAUCCAGUCUUCUCCUCUGGAGAGAGAGAUGUUCUGAGAGACCUGGGUCUGACUGUACUCUCAGAAAAUGAGGAGGGGAAACGUUUGGUAGAAAAACCCACAUUUUUUUACCUUAUGCAUUGUGGGAAAGCCCUCUACAACAACCUUCUGUGGAAGAACUGGAGUGCACGGGGUCUCCCUCUGAUGAUAAUCAUCGGAAACAGCUUCACUGGGAUGAGGGAGAGGACGAUCGAGAAAGAGUUUAAGCGAGAUUACAGCUACAUCAGUAAGGCUGUGGAUUUUAGUGUGGAGAGAAAGCUCGCAUGCCCAUCUCAUCUGAUAGACGUCUUCAAUGACACAGCAGUCAUCACAUUUCCUUCCAACAGCCUUAACGGUCUCCCACAGUCUACCUGGGCAGAGUCACCUGAGCCACAGUACCAGCACAGCCCUGAUUUGGAGAUUAUACUGAAGGAAACUCGGAGCUGAGGCAGGAGAUGGAUAUGGGACGUUUUUUAUUGACUGUUGUCAUUCAUAUGACAAUUUUUUUUUUUUUUUUUAAUGGACCUGUUGUACUUUUACUUAAUUAUAUAUGGUGACAAUGAUGGGUUUUCAUAUUAAACACUGACCACGUUUCAGAGUUUUCCAGUGAGCUAAAACCUCAGGGAUCAGACUGCCCUAAACUCGCUGUUUAAGACCAUCAGGGAACCUUAAUUUGGUCAGUUCCAGAUGUAAGGGACAGAAGCCCCUCCCACUUACUGUUCAAACCCUCUGUUUGUAAGCAGAAGCCAAUCAAAAGAAAGCUGGCAUAAAAUGGAGGAGAGCUAAAACAGCUUCUUUACAAACAGUGACAAAUUGAGGGACUGGGCAUGAAGGCCCACUAUAAAAUGAGGAUUAUUUUGAACUGUGGACCAUGCGAUCUAUUCAAGAAAAGCACAAGAAUUAAAUUGUUGAAUAACAAAUCCUGCUCAUAAAGUCUGACUUUAUUCAGCUGUAACAAAUUCUUUAAUAGAACUGUAACAUUUUAUGUAUCUGGUCCUGAAUUAGCCACGAUACAACCAAAGUAUGCAAAAGAGCAUAUCUGAACACACAAUGUUGAAGCAGGUGAGAUUCAGCAGCAGAAGACCACACCGGCUGUCACUCUUGUCAGCUAAGAACAGGUAACUGAGGCUACAAUUCACAUGGAAAGUGAUUUGCAUGGAUCCGUCCUGCCUUACAUCUAGAAUUCAGGCUCGUAGUGUUGUUUGGGAGAUUUUGACACUUAUUUGGCUCUUUAGUGCAAACUGGGCAUUAUUUAAACACCACAGUGCCCAUCUUCUGAUGGCUGCUUCAAGCAAAAUAACAUGUCACAAAGCUCAAAUUAUAAACUGGUUUCUUGAAUACUGUAACUCAAUUGGUCUCCACAGUCAGAUGUUCAAAACAAAACAAAAACCCACAUCCCACCAAGAAGCAAACACACAUUAGCAUGUUACAAAAAUGUAACUUUAUCAACUCUACAAAUUUUUUAUUUAUAUUCACAUGAAUGGAAAUUCUCAUAGGGUUGAACUGUUACAUUGGUAAUUUAAGUAUAUAAAGACAAUAAGUUGUAUUUCUUAUGUUUGAACCAGUCAGAUUCAACUUUUAUAUAGAAUAGCAAGAUUUUAUAAAAGCUAACCCUUUUUAUUUUACAGUCUUCUACCUUCCAGUGCUUCAGCUCACCUGUGUACAAAUAGAACUUCAAAUUUGGUCGGUUUAUUAGGACACAUGCAUCCUGAUUUACAGAUGAAUAGAGUUGAUACCUUUAAAAUUCACAUUAACAUGAUAUAAAGUCAUGUCAUGUAAGUGCAUUUAAAAAAAAAAAAACAAAACAAAACC